AUGCCUCUGCUUCCUUGUUGGCACCACUCAUCCCCUUCUAAACCCCUCUCACUCCCUCCACCUCGCCCCUCAGGUGCACUUUUGAACCCUGGGGGAACAGCGUCCUGCCCUUUCUGCAUUCUGGAGCGCCGUAUCGCUCGCUCUUUGACUCUCGAGGCUGCCCGGGACACGCCUAGAGUUGUAGUGAACCGCUUAAAGCUCAUUGCCAAGAGCUUCAGUCACGGGCGGCAGGAGGACGCACAUGAGUUGCUUCGAUACGCGAUAGAAGCAUGCAACAGAGCGUGUGUAGCUCUCCACAAGAAGGUAGCUGCUGCUGCUGCAGCUGCUGCUGCUUCUGCGGCUGCUAUUACUGCCAGUGGGCCGAACGGCAGUCCGGAUGUGACUAAAUCGGGGCCUGUGAGAGCACUGAACCAGCUAGUGGAAGGGAUGUCUUUAAACGAGGGGGCCAGCGUUCAGAAGAUGCACACGAGACGAAGCUCUAGGCUCUCCUUAGACCGCGCAAACAGCGGUAGGGAUUCAGCAGAGGGAGUUCCAUUCCCCCAGCAGCAGUUGGCCACAGAGCAGGAGUCAAUGCAGUUGGGCGAGUUGACCGGCAGUGAGGGAUCCCUGGUGCCUCAGUUGGGAGACCCUGUAGAGAACACCGAUAUGGACGUAGACGCGGACACAAACGUAGACGCAGACGUGACAGAAGUGCCUGAACCGUCUGCUGCUUCCGCAUCAGGGCCGGCUACAGGAUCAUCAUCAGCAGCGGCUGUAGCGGAUGAGGCAGAUGUAGCAGCGGCCGGUAGCAGUAGCAGCGGGGGUGGGAGCGUGCCUAGGAGACGGAUGAGCCUGAGAAGGCGAGGGUUUGCCACUGAUGGGGAGGAAGAGGAGGACAGGGACGGGGGUUUUGGGCAUGCGGGAUCAGGGGCGGGGGCGGGGAGGGGAGUGGGCGGAGGCAGGGCGCGGAAGGGAAGGGGAGUUGCGCUGCGGGUAGGGCUGCAUGUUUUGCCUGGAAGGGGGAAAGGGCGGGGGGCAGGGGCGGCAGGGGCGGCAGCAGGGGCGGCAGCGGAUCAGAUUGGCUCACCUGGAAAAUCUCCUGGUAGAAGCAAGGGAAGCCCCAGGGGAGCAGGGGGGUUAGGCGGAGGGGCGGCAGGUGGGGGCGGAGCAGGGGAGGGAGGCGCAGGGGGUUGUUCAGGUGGACAGGACGAGCCGCACACCAUAGUGAAAGAGAUUUUUGGCGGGAUAUUGCAGAGCCAGAUUCGGUGCUUGCAGUGUGAUGGGGAGUCUAAUAAGAGGGAUGCGAUUUUGGACCUAAGUUUAGACGUGCAUAGGCUGGGGUCGCUAAAAGACGCGCUUAAUAGGUUCACCAAGCCGGAAGUUCUGGAUGGGGAGAAUAGAUACCGGUGCGAUAAAUGCAACCGGCUGUCUGCUGCGCGAAAGGCUCUUACGAUCUUUCAUGCGCCCAACAUUCUUGUGAUUCAAUUCAAGAGGUUUGAGAACGUGUUUGGAGGGAAGAUUGACCGCCACAUUCGAUUCGAGGAGCGUGUCUCAUUGAAAGGCCACAUGAGCGGCUGUAGCAAGGUGGGUUCAAGCAGAUGGGGGACUGUAGCAAGCAAGGACUCCCAGCCAGAGUACACACUCUUUGGCGUGGUGGUCCAUGCGGGGUCGUCUCAAGACUCGGGCCAUUACUAUGCAUAUGUCAAGUACUCCACGGCAAGUGGUCCUGCUGACUCCAUUUGCAAGUGGUCCUGCUGUGACGACGGUACCGUCUCCCCAGUGGCUUUCCUAUCAGGAAACACGGCCUACAUGAUCUUAUACCUCUUCCCCUCUUUUUCCCUUCGUCCGCCCUUCCGCCCCCCCCUGCAGGACUCCACGGGCAGGUGGUCAUGUGACGACUGCUCCGUCUCCCCAGUCGCCUUCCCAGACGACUCCACGGGCAAGUGGUCCUGCUGUGACGACUGCUCCGUCUCCCCUGUCGCCCUUCCAGACGUCCUAGCAGACAAGGCCUACAUGCUCUUCUACCUCCGCCUCUCCCCUCUCGCUUCUCUUUCUCUCCCCCUUCCCCCCCCUUUCUCUCUGCUUUUUCUCCCCGUUCUCUCCCUGACUCCACUGGCAAGUGGUCCUGCUUUGACGAUUGUUCCGUCUCCCCAGUGGCUCUCCCAGACGACUCCACAGGCAGAUGGUCCUGCUGUGACGACUGCUCCGUCUCCCCAGUGGCCCUCCCAGACGUUCUAG